ACAUUCACAGGAGAGGCAAAGCAGAGCUCAUCAUUCAAAAUGAGGUCAAUCACAGCUUUGUUUUUCCUUUUCUGCUUCCUUGUCCCAUCUGCUUUGGCGCAGCUCCGCUUUGGGUUCUACGGCCGAUCAUGCCCCCGUGCGGAAUCUAUCGUUGCUAAUGUUGUUGCCAACCGUUUCCGCCGUGACCGUAGCAUCGCUGCAGCAUUGCUUCGUAUGCAUUUUCAUGAUUGCUUUGUCAGGGGUUGUGAUGCCUCCCUCUUGAUCGACCCAAGACCCGGAAGGCCAUCAGAGAAAAGCACCGGACCAAAUGCAAGUGUCAGAGGCUACGAGAUCAUUGAUGAGGCCAAAAGACAGCUCGAGGCUGCCUGCCCCCGAACUGUCUCAUGCGCAGACAUUGUAACUCUAGCCACCAGAGACUCAGUCGCAUUAGCUGGUGGUCCAAGGUACUCAGUACCAACAGGAAGACGUGAUGGAUUAAGGUCAAACCCAGCCGAUGUGAACUUGCCCGGACCAACAAUUCCAGUGGGUGCAUCCAUCCAAUUAUUUGCAGCUCAAGGUAUGAAUACGAACGACAUGGUUACACUUAUUGGUGGUGGCCACAGCGUUGGUGUUGUGCAUUGUAGUCUCAUCCAAGAUAGACUUAAUGACCCCGCAAUGGACCGCUCAUUAAAUGCUAGGUUGAGGAACACAUGCCGUUCUCCAAAUGACCCAACGGUAUUCUUGGACCAAAGGACUCCAUUCAUCGUGGAUAACGCAAUCUACGGAGAGAUCCGAAGGCAAAGAGGUGUCAUGAGGAUUGAUCAAAACAUGGGUCUUGAUGGGUCAACCCGUGGAAUUGUGUCGAGCUUUGCACAAAACAAUGCACUCUUUAGGAAGAGAUUUGCUGAAGCAAUGGUGAAAAUGGGUAGGAUUAGGGUUCUUACCGGGCGUUCUGGAGAAAUCAGGAGAAACUGCAGAGUGUUUAACAACGGACGUUGAUUCUACACUGACGUUGAUUCUACACUGUCCUGACCACUGUUUGUUUUUUUCUUUUGCUUUUCCCCAUUUUUACUCUUUUGAAUAAUCAACCGCAAGUUUGUUUGUUUCCCUGCAAUCAUAUUCUAUUGUUUUCUUGUUUUGAUAUGUAACUGCAUUUUAUAAUUUCUUCUGUUAUUUUUUGUUACUUCUCAUGCUAUUCAAUUGUGUGC